AUAAAGAAUCCUCAUUUGAAAAAAAAAAAAAAAAUUAAUAAUAAUAAUAAAUCAGAAAACGCGGAGCUUCCAAUCCAAUAAAAACCAAAACAAAACUCCCUUUUUUUCUUUCUUUCCGAUUCGUUCGCUUAAUCAAUCACGCGCUUUCGUAGUCAUUUUCCAGGAGGGGGUGUUUGUCUAUUUGAGUCUUGGAGAAGCAAUGAGCGAUCAUUUGGUGUUGUAUGUGGACCGUUUGAUUAGGCCUGUGGCUAUGCAAUCGGUGCCGGAACCGUCUGAGGUACCUUCUGGUUUGACGGUUGGAGGCGGUGAAAGCGGUGGUCAGGUUAUGGACACAGCUGGACCGUCUUGCUUGGCAACAGACGAGAAGAGGUUGAAGCAAGACGAUGGUUUGGAUGAUGAGGAGGAACCGCUGAUUCAGGUGGCUGAAUGCCGAAUUUGCCAAGAGGAAGACGGCCUCAAUAACUUGGAGACCCCUUGUGGUUGUAGUGGCAGCCUCAAGUAUGCUCAUAGGAAGUGUGUUCAGCACUGGUGCAAUGAGAAAGGAGAUAUAAUUUGUGAGAUUUGCCAUCAGCCUUACCAGCCUGGUUAUACUGCACCACCUCCACCGCCUCACCCUGAAGAAACCUCCAUUGACAUUGGCGGAGGCUGGACAAUAUCUGGAACUCCUGUGGAAUUGGAUCCACGACUUUUGGCAAUUGCAGAGGCAGAAAGACAUUUUUUGGAAGCCGAGUAUGAUGACUAUGCUGCUUCCAAUGCCAGUGGAGCUGCAUUUUGCCGUGCUGCAGCCUUAAUUCUGUUUUACCAGUUGAUGGCCCUUCUGCUCUUGCGGCAUGCAUGGAAUGUUUCAGAUGAUGAUGCAGAUGAUGAGACAUCUGCUUUUUUCUCUCUUUUCUUGCUUCGGGCUGCUGGGUUUCUUUUGCCGUGCUACAUUAUGGCUUGGGCCAUCAGUAUCUUACAGCGUCGUAGGCAAAGACAGGAGGCUGCAGCAUUGGCAGCAACACAAGUAGCAUUUGUUUUGCAAUCAGGGCAGCGCAGAGGUCUGCAAUUUGCAAUAGCAUCUGGUCCGUCAGGACCCUCGGUGACCCCGCACCAAGAAGCUGUUUGAUUUUUGGUGGGGAGCGAGAACUCUUGAUAGUUCAAGAUUGUUGCAUAUAUAGAGUGAUUGAGCGGAAUGUACUGAAAAAUAAAUGGAAAAGUUUCCAUUCUUGUCCAAAAAUAUGAAAUUUUAAAAUUAACUGAAGAGAAAUUGACUCGUGUAAGCGUGGCUACCUUGUUGGACGCUGCUGACUUUGGUUUCCAAACCAUUUCAUGUAAAUAUGAAUUUCUAUUUCAGCCUAAUUAAAUGGGAAAAAAAGAAAAAAGAAUUUGAGCGUGA